AUGUACGCUUUAAGACAAAUCAUCGCUUUAACUACUUUAUUACCGGUCAUCUUAGCUGCUGUUAAAGAAUUACCAUCAAAAGCCUAUGUUUCAAGUGGUUCUAAUGUUCAAUUUGGUUUAAAUGUUAAGAAAGAUGAUUUACCAGGUGCAGGUACUUUCUUAAUCUCUGCUGUUACAUCUUCAAGAAAUCCAAAUCAAAUUACUUUAGAUGAUAAAUCAGGUUCAAUUAGUGAUUCAUUAUCUUCAAAUUUUGCAAAGAUUGAUGAUACUUCAGCUAUUGCUUCUUAUCAUUAUAACGGUGAAGGUGAUGUUAGUGUUAGUUUCCAAGGUAAACCAUCAAGUGGUCAAACUUCAGGUGCUGGUAUUAAAUUCGCUGGCUCAUUUGUUGAAGAUUCAGUUUCUGGUAGAUCAGUUAAUGAUAUCUAUAACUUUGAUGCUAGUUCAUCAGCUUAA